AUGUCAACAUCCAAACCAAUCGCAUACGUGAAGGUAUCAAGGCCUUCGAUAAGAGAUUACGACGAGGACGAUGAUCUGUCGGACCUUGAAGAUGCGCAAUCGAUAUCGGGGAGUAACAUCGACCCUGCGAAGUUGGCAGCACUUCUGAGGAUCAAAUUCGGGGCAGGAACCUAUGAUAUACACCUAGAUGUCAAAGAAGAAGAUGAGGACGAUGAGUGGCUGCCUAAGCGUCUCGUAGACAGGAGAGCCGCUCGCCGGUUCAGGUAA